AUGUUUCGGACCAAUCGCAGCUCAGUGGGCGGGUACUUCCUGGCGGGACGCUCAAUGUCGUGGUGGCCUGUAGGGGCGUCGCUGUUCGCCAGUAACAUCGGCAGCGGUCACUUCAUUGGUCUGGCGGGAACAGGAGCAGCCAGUGGCAUCGCAGUCGGAGGCUUCGAGUGGAACGCCCUCUUCAUUGUCCUGCUGCUGGGAUGGGUCUUUGUGCCGGUCUACCUCACUGCGGAGGUGAUCACAAUGCCUCAGUAUCUGAAGAAGAGGUUUGGAGGAUCUCGCAUCAGCCUCUUCCUCUCCAUCAUCUCUCUGUUCCUCUACAUCUUCACCAAAAUCUCAGUGGACAUGUUUUCUGGUGCAGUCUUCAUUCAGCAGGCUCUGGGUUGGAACAUCUACAUCUCUGUGAUCGCUCUGCUGGUCAUCACAGGUGUCUACACCAUCACAGGAGGUCUGGCGGCGCUGAUGUACACGGACACAGUUCAGACCUUCAUCAUCAUCGCUGGAGCCUUCGUCCUCACCGGCUUCUCCUUCUCUGCAGUAGGAGGAUACCCAGGCCUCCUUCGCUCCUACCCUCUCUCUCUGCCGUUGAAUCGCUCCUCCCUGGACCCGGCUCGUUACUCCAUAGCCUCCUCCUGUUACACUCCUCGUGCAGACGCCUUCCACCUCCUCCGAGACGCCUCCUCCUCAGACCUCCCCUGGCCGGGGGUCCUGCUGGGGGUGGCCAUUGUGGGGGGCUGGUACUGGUGCACCGACCAGGUGAUAGUGCAGAGGUGUCUCGCUGGCCGGAGUCUCUCUGAUGUUAAAGCUGGGUGUAUUCUUUGUGGAUAUCUGAAAGUUCUGCCAAUGUUCCUCAUGGUGUUCCCCGGGAUGAUCAGCCGAGUCCUCUACCCAGACGAGGUGGCCUGUGUGGUCCCGGAGCUGUGUCGUCAGGUGUGUGGGACUGAGGUCGGCUGCAGUAACAUUGCGUAUCCCAAACUCGUCAUGACGCUCCUGCCCAACGGUGUGCGCGGGCUCCUGUUAGCCGUGAUGCUAGCAGCGCUGAUGUCGUCGUUAGCCUCUAUCUUCAACAGCAGCAGCUCUCUCUUCACUCUGGACCUGUGGACCAGGAUCCGGCCCGGGGCCUCGGACAAGGAGCUGCUGGUCGUGGGCAGGGUCUGGAUCGUGGUCACGGUCUGCAUCAGUAUCAGUUGGAUUCCUGUGGUCCAGGCCUCUCAGAGCGGUCAGCUGUUCGACUACAUCCAAUCAGUGAGCAGCUACCUGGCUCCGCCCAUUGCCGCCGUCUUCUGCAAGAGAGUCAACGAACCGGGGGCGUUCUGGGGCCUGGUCUUCGGCCUCCUCAUGGGCCUGUCCCGGAUGCUUCCUGAGUUCUGGUUUGGUUCUGGUUCUUGCGUGUUUCCGUCUCUCUGUCCGCGGAUCAUCUGUGGGGUUCACUACCUGCACUUCGGGAUCUUGCUGUUUGCCUGCAGCGCCGCCCUUGUGGUGGGGGUCAGCCUCUGCACCGAGCCCAUCCCCCACAAACACCUCCACCGACUGGUCUUCAGUCUCCGUCACUCCACUAAACCGCGCAUCGACCUGGACGCACCUCCAGCAGAGGGCAGCACUGAGACAGCUGUGGAAGAUGACCAGUCCGGGAUCUGCGCUGCGAUUGGUCGGUUCUGUGGCUGUGACAGCUCUAAGACCCACCCUGUAGAGGUGCUCUGCCGGACUGCUCUGCCGGACAUCAGCGAGAGGCCGUUUUUUAGAAGCAUUGUUAACGUGAACGCUCUGAUCAUGAUGAGCGCCGCUGUGUUCAUGUGGGGUACUACGCCUGAACUCGCAGGAGACCCACAGCACAAGUGCAACCAGUCAAAACCACGGUGCGACCCUCAGACCUCAGACCUGCCCCGGUCCCCUCUAGAGGUGCCUCUCGAGGGUCAACAUGACGCUGUUCCCCUCCCCCUCCCUCCCCUGGCUGCAGUGAUGGAGCGUGAUGCCUUCUCCCACAUCCGGCUCUGGUGCCCGCGACCGUUUGGUACCUACUCCCAGAACAAGGCCCAGUCUGCGGCUGCGGUCAGCGCCACGGCCCCAGUGGAGCCUCUGUGCUCUCGUCUGGAUCCCUCUGCAGGUGAUGACAUCUCUCUCCCAGAGGACAGUGCUCUUGUGGAGGUGGGUGAUGUGGAGAACAGGCCUCCAGAGGUGGAGCUGUCCCCUCAGGGCUCUCCCCCUCUCCCCCCUCCUCUCCCCCCUACCCCCCCCUCCUCCUCGGCCCAGGUGGAGGACGGGCGUGUGCUUCUUGACACCUGGUACGUCAUCAAACCAGGAAACACCAAAGAGAAGAUCGCCUUCUUUGUGGCUCACCAGAUCAGCGGCGCAGGACAGGCUAGACCCGGAGCGGUUAAGGUGAAGGGGAACUGGUCCAGCGGCUGCAGUAAAGCCAAACGCAGACGUCGCUGCUCCUCCUAUGACCCGCCCACACGGUCCCCGCCUCAGUCCCAGGACCUGGCCUCAGACCCCCCAGACCCCGACUUAGAACCCGCCUCAGCUGCCCGUCCUGACACCUUCGAGACAGACCUGCUCUCUGUGGCUGAGAUGGUGGCUCUGGUGGAACAGCGCACGGCUCUGGCUCUCCAGGGGAUUGUGGGUCUGCACCAUGACCCAGACCAGGGUUUCUCUCAGAGUCCGCUCCGUGGCUCCUCCUCAGUCCCCUCUGAGGACCCUGCGGACCCUUCGUUUCCAAUCCAGACCGACCAGGAUCUAGAGGAGCAGCAGGAGUCAUGCCGAGUGGCUCAGGCCAUCGCUCACUUCGAGUCGCAGAACCUUGAGAGCCGGCUGCAAUCGGAGUCUGGGAAAGAGCAGGAGACGGGAGCCAGAGGAGCCACUUCAGGCCUGGUGACCCCCCCUCCGCCCCCCUCCUCCCACGGCGAGGUGCGCAUCGCCUUCAGAGUGUCCAACCUGGACUCUCGCUCUCAGCUGGAGGCGGCGCCACGGUCUCACUGUGUCUUCAUGACGUGUGGAGGACAGAGCCGCUCCAACGAUAAGAUCACCUGCGACCUGUACCAGCUGCUGAGUCCAUCUGCAAGAGACCCCAGUGGGCUGCUGCUGGGGGGAACCCCUUCCCCCACGAAGCCAGACCCCGAUGGGAGCUCAGACCCUGUCUCCUCCUGCUCAGAGUGUGACAUCACGGAGAAGAAACUGAGCAGAGAGAGAGUGACGGGUUUCCACGUGGAGGUGGUGGUGACCGGCGCCGUGGACCAGUGCGUCUUCUACGGCAAAGACAGCACCGAGAAGGUCCAGGAGGAGACCGUGUGCUUCGACCAGGGGGAGGACCCGCCGCCCGGCCAGCUCUUCUUCCUCCAGGACCACCUCAGCCCUAGCGUGUGCUCCACCGCCAAAACUGACUGUGCUAGCAACACUAACACCAGCAGCAGUGGACACCAGGAGCGCGGACACCAGGUGGAAACCAGGCCUGAGUCUCCCAUAGUGACAGAAGAGCGUGGAGACCAGUCCCUGUGCCGGCUGUACCGCCACGUCUCGCACGACUUCCUGGAGAUCCGCUUCCAGAUCCAGCGCCUGCUCGAGCCGCGUCAGUACAUGCUGCUGCUGCCCGACCACAUAACAAUCCACAUCCUGUCCUUCCUGCCCACGCGCUCGCUGGCUGCUCUCAAGUGCACCUGCCACACCUUCAAGGUCCUGAUCGAGACCUACGGGGUCCGGGCCGUGGACUCGCGCUGGACCCAGGACCCGCUGUACCGAGACGACCCCUGCAAGCAGUGCAAGCGGCAGUACGAGCGCGGCGACGUGUCUCUGUGUCGGUGGCAUCCCAAACCCUACCACCACGACCUGCCGUACGGACGCUCCUAUUGGAUGUGCUGUCGGAGAGGAGACAAGGACACGCCAGGGUGUAGGGUUGGACUGCACGACAACAACUGGGUCCAACACACACAAGAAGGACUGGAGAGGAGGGCGAGGAGGGAGGAGAGGCGGGAGGAGAGGCGGGAGGAGAGGCGGGAGGAGAGGCGGGAGGAGAGGCGGGAGGGGAGGCGGGAGGGGAGGCGGGAGGAGAGGCGGGAGGACAGGAGGGAGGACAGGAGGGAGGACAGGAGGGAGGACAGGAGGGAGGAGAGGCGGGAGGACAGAGAGGAGAGGAAGGACCAGGCCAGGUAG